UACUUUUCUUACAAAAGAAGAAGAAACAGAGUACUUUUUGUCUGCCGGCGCAAACAUCAGUUAUCAAAGCACCCUGUUCUGUUCCAGCCAACAGUACACAGAAUAAAAAGUUUCGAAUUUUUGUUAAAUUUUAGUGGAGAAAGAAGAAGAAGGAUGGAGUACGAGAAUGGGAAGAAGAGGAAAGUUCGGAACAGACAGCAGCAGCAGCAACAAACGAAACCAGAGUUCUUCUCUCUAAGGUACCUAACCAUAUGCCUCUGCUGUUUCUUCGUCUUGCUCUUCUUCUUAUCCACCAACCGAAUCUCAGUCCGUUCCGCUUCUCUGAGACCGUCUCUCCGUGUCCCCGCUCUCUCCGUAUCUUCGAUGGAGCGUUCGUUUCACGGUAGGUUAAUCCCUCCGUUGAGAGUCGAAGACAGAGUCCAAUUCUCAGACCAUCUCCUCCUCAUUCUCUCGAGUAGAAUCGAGAAAGGUGUUAAUAAAGAAGACCUAGUUUGUGUUUAUCACGGAGGAAGAGAAGAAGAAGAGACUUCGAUGUUGCCAUCGAUUUCUAGCGACGAACUCGACGAGUUCAGAUCGAUUGUUCGGUGCCCUAACGCUCCUUUGAACUACUCUUCCUCUGUUGAUGUCCAAUUCCGUGGAGACUUGGUGAAGAAGGUUGUUGACGAGAAGGUUCAUGAUUGGUCAAAGGUUGUUUACGAGGCGGUGGUUGAUGAAGACGGCGACACGGUGGUUGUGUUUGUCAAAGGGUUGACUCGAAGACCUCACAAGGAGUCAGAUCCUUCUAACUACAAAUGCCGAUUCGAGACAACAAGUCUUGAAGUGUUCGUCACGCAAGCUCUCGCUGCGGCGCAAGAAGUUGUUAGGUGUGUUUUGCCGGAGAGUCUGAAGCUAAUUAAUCAAGAGACGUUUCGUGUGAGCGUGAUCCGCGUCGACCCUAGAGGAGGAGGAAGAUCUACCACGCCUGCUUUACCAUCCGUUGCGAGAGUCUACGGUUCAGAGAAGAAGAGUGGCGUGAUGAAGGUGAAGCAUGAGCUUUGUGUUUGCACCAUGCUAUGGAACCAAGCUCAUUUCUUGCGUGAAUGGAUAUUAUAUCACUCGUGGCUCGGCGUCGAGCGUUGGUUUAUCUACGACAACAACAGCGACGACGACGUAGAAGAAGAGAUCAGAUUGCUUAACUCGGAGAAUUACAACGUGAGCAGACACGUUUGGCCGUGGAUCAAGACGCAGGAAGCUGGUUUCUCUCACUGUGCGGUUAGAGCGAAAGAUGAGUGCAACUGGGUCGGGUUCUUCGACGUGGACGAGUUCUACUACUUCCCUACGCAUCGCUCUCAGGGUUUACCUAGCAAAAACGCUUUAAGCUCGCUUGUUUCUAACUACACUUCGUGGGGUUUGGUUGGUGAGAUUAGAACAGAAUGUCAUAACUACGGUCCGUCCGGUUUAACCUCGGUUCCAUCGCAAGGCGUGACGGUGGGUUACACUUGUAGACAAGCGAACACGGAGAGACAUAAGUCUAUUAUCAGACCGGAGCUGCUAACUAGCUCGUUGCUCAACGAGGUACAUCAUUUUCAGAUGAGGGAAGGUGUGGGGCAUGUGAGUUUGGUGGAGAGUGUUGCGGUGGUGAACCACUACAAGUACCAAGUGUGGGAGACUUUUAAAGCGAAGUUUGAGAGGAGAGUGGCGACUUAUGUUGUGGACUGGCGAGAGAAUCAGAACCAAGGGUCUAAAGACCGAGCUCCGGGGCUAGGGACAGAGGCGGUUGAGCCGGUGGAUUGGAGGAGAAGGUUCUGUGAAGUGUGGGAUACUGGUUUGAAGGAUUUGGUUUUGUCGAGUUUUGCUGAUCAAGUGACUGGCUAUUUGCCUUGGCAGAGACAACAACAAGACUGACUUUAUAUUCUUUAGUGUACAUUUGACUGAGUAUACAUGCCAACUCUACGUUAAUAUUUGCUUAUUUGUUAUUUAAUUGGUUCUUUUUGUUGGGAGAAUUGAAAUGGUUACUAUAAUGUUGUCUUUUUACCACAUCUGUAAAUCUUGGUAACACUGCAAAGUUAAGUUGUUUUUUUUUUGUGGGGGUGGGGGUUCUUACUUGAAUUAAUAUUUAUUUAGUUAAUGUCUUC